CGGAGUACGCCACAAACUACCCUUGCCCUCUUCUCUCGUAACAAGUUCAAAUGGAACCUGAUUAUGAAGACCUGCUGCCGCGCAACUGGGAAAAACUGGUGCAAACGUGGCUCGACGAAGAUAUUCCGGGCUUUGACGUUGGCGGCUACGUUGUUGGCAGUAAGGAGGAGACAGCCAUCCUUUAUGGGAAGACUGAUGGCGUGCUAGCGGGAAGGCCGUUCUUUGAUCGCGUGUUCACACUUCUUGGCUGCAAGGUGGACUGGCUCAUGAGCGACGGCGCGCAAAUUAACACAAGUUCCUCAGACACUGGUAAGGUGGUGGUGGCCAAAGUCACGGGGAGCUGCCGGCACAUCCUACAGGGCGAGAGGACCGCACUUAACGUCAUUUCUCGGUGCAGUGGCGUCGCCACCGCGACAUUCGAAGCUGUGCAGCAGGCCAAGGCCAAGGGCUGGAAAGGAUAUGUGGCGGGGACAAGGAAAACUACACCAGGUUUUCGCCUGGUGGAGAAGUACGCCCUGGUGGUCGGAGGUGGCGCUACUCAUCGCUAUGACUUGAGCCAAAUGGUAAUGUUAAAAGACAAUCACAUUGCUAGCGCUGGGGGUAUCACACGAGCUGUGGAGGUCGCGAGGCGGGCGGCUGGGUUCUCCAUGAAGAUCGAGGUCGAAACCAGCAACUACGGACAGGCUGCCGAAGCCGCCAGAGCGGGCGCAGACAUCAUCAUGCUCGACAAUUUUGAGCCAGAAGAACUGAAGUCCGUGUCGCGAAGGCUGAAGGGCGAAUUUCCGCAUGUUAUCCUUGAAGCCAGCGGAGGAAUCACGGCGGAAACGUUUCACCUCUUCUUGGAGGACAGCGUCGAUGUAAUCAGCCAGGGGGCGCUAACGCAUGGGUACAACUGCCUUGAUUUUUCUUUGAAGAUUGUUGCGCAAUAGCCUUAUUGUAGGAUAUUGGUGAUAAUUUCGUCGAUGUUGAAGAUCAUUGUGCGUGAGUUUCUAGCAGUUAGUUGUAAGGCCAAGGAGGCGUGUUGCGGGCGAGCGUGCUAUUUGUUACUCCUGUGUGUUGUGGACGUUGGAGACCUCCUCAUAUUCCCGCGUGGUUAUUGAUCAGAAUCUUCUGCCGAGGAUUGGAUCUAUCUACUAACCGCUCGGAGGAAGCUGAAUGCUUAUUCUGUUUGCGCAAUAUUUUUUUCAAAUACGAACCAUCGAGCGUGUUGACCCCGUAAAAUGGGCUGGAAUUUCGAAUUACCAUGUUGGUAGCCCCAAACCUUCUAUUGUAUGCACAGAUCGAUUUCAAACCCCUGUGAAAGGGUGCUUGGCCCCCGUGUCCUUCGUUUCACAGUGCACUCGAGAGGGGAGUAACUGCUGAAACCUGGCCGCGAUGAAAAGGUUGCGCACCAAUUCGUAGCGAUUUCGUCAAAUGUUGAGUGAAUAUUUUGGGCCCCAAGGUCUCUUAUGCGACAAGCUCACUAAAUAGGUAUCAGUUUGGAGGUGAACGUAAAUUUCUGCUGAAAUACUGCGAUUUAGACUGGAUUCGGUUUCAUUCGAUUGAACGUCGGCUUGGACGGCCGUGCGGCCGAUCCCAACUAUGAGCCGGUCUGUGGUGUAAAUUGGGCACCAACACGUAUUCUCUUCAUACUAAGCAUACUAGUCUACUGACAUUCUUUGUACGCGACGUGCAGUAGCUUUUUCUGAGCGAUUUCGUCAAAUUUGGAGUAGACCCUGAGUUGAAUUACAGAAGUUGCCACCCUCUGGGUUUGUUUGUG